CCCGCCGUGAGGGCGGGCGGUCCCGCUGCCGCCUUAGAAGGGAUCACGGCGACCCUCCCCUCACGUUCCUUCUUCCUCCUUUCUUCCUUCCUUCCUCCGACCAGCCCGGGGGAAGAGCCCAGAAGACAGGGGUUAAAAUGAAUGAAGAUCUGAAGGUUAAUUUGAGCUGGCUGCCUCAGGAUCAUGUAGAAGCCAGCUUUACCGAGAAUGCCUCAGCCACAGGCUCCUCCCUGGUUCCUGUCGUAGACCCAGAGCCAGAGCUUUUGGUAAACCCCUGGGACAUUGUCUUGUGUACUUCAGGGACCCUUAUCUCCUGCGAAAAUGCCGUUGUGGUUCUUAUCAUUUUCCAUAACCCCAGUCUUCGUGCCCCCAUGUUCCUCCUGAUAGGCAGCCUGGCGCUGGCAGAUCUCUUAGCGGGCAUUGGAUUGAUCAUCAAUUUCGUUUUCGCAUACCUUCUGCAAUCAGAAGCUACGAAACUGGUUACGAUUGGACUGAUUGUUGCCUCUUUCUCAGCAUCUGUUGGCAGCUUGCUGGCUAUUACUGUUGAUCGUUACCUCUCCCUGUAUUACGCUUUGACUUACAAUUCAGAGAGGACUGUCACUUUUACCUAUGUCAUGCUUAUAUUGCUCUGGGGAGCAUCUAUCUGUAUUGGACUGCUGCCUGUAAUGGGCUGGAACUGCCUCAGAGAUGAAUCCACCUGCAGUGUUAUCAGACCACUCACUAAAAAUAAUGCAGCUGUCCUUUCGGUCUCUUUCUUGCUUAUGUUUGCCCUCAUGCUGCAGCUCUACAUUCAGAUCUGUAAAAUUGUGAUGCGCCAUGCCCAUCAGAUUGCCUUGCAACACCAUUUCCUGGCCACUUCCCACUAUGUGACCACCCGAAAAGGAGUGUCUACUUUGGCCAUUAUUUUGGGGACUUUUGCUGCUUGCUGGAUGCCUUUUACGCUCUAUUCUUUAAUAGCAGAUUACACUUAUCCUUCUAUAUACACCUAUGCCACCCUCCUGCCAGCUACCUACAACUCCAUCAUCAAUCCUGUAAUAUAUGCUUUUAGAAACCAGGAGAUACAGAAGGCACUUUGGCUCGUCUGCUGUGGCUGUAUUCCUUCUAAUGUGUCUCAGAGAGCAAGAUCACCCAGUGAUGUCUGAUUGGCAGCUAGGAGGACACUCCUUAACACGUUACUUUCCAGACAUUCUUCAAUCUUGUCUUUGGUUUAGAUGCAUUCGUUAAAUGGUGUGUAAUGGGUCCAUAUAAUAAGCACAGGAUGCACAGCCCCACUGACCAGAACGAAUUGAAUGGUUUAAGGGUGAUUUCCAAAAUCAAAAUAAGCAGUGUUCUUACAGACUUACAAUGUUGCUCAGGGUCUUUCUGUUUUGUUAUCCAGACUUUGCCAUGUUUGCCAUGAUUUUACAGUAAAUUUACUAACUAAAAUUAGAUUGAAACAGCAUACCUCCUUUGAAAUUGUUGAUGUGAUUGAGUUUAGUCAUAGUGCAUGUUACAAUAUGUUGUCAAGACAUUUUUCCCCUCUUCAAUUCCUUUUAAAACAAGAAG